AUGGCUUUCGCCAAUUUCCGCCGCAUCCUGCGCCUCUCCGCCUUCGAGAAGCGCCGCUCCAAGGAAUACGAGCACGUCCGCCGUGACCUGGACCCCGGCGAGGUGUGGGAGGUGGUGGGCGAGCUGGGAGAUGGAGCUUUUGGAAAAGUCUACAAGGCCAAGAACAAGGAAACGGGAGCUUUGGCAGCUGCCAAGGUCAUCGAGACCAAGAGUGAGGAUGAGCUGGAGGAUUACAUGGUGGAGAUUGAGAUCCUGGCCACUUGUGACCACCCCCACAUCGUCAAACUGCUGGGAGCCUUCUACUGGGAUGGCAAACUGUGGAUCAUGAUCGAGUUCUGCCCUGGAGGGGCCGUGGAUGCCACGAUGCUGGAGCUGGACAGGGGUCUGACCGAGCCUCAGAUCCAGGUGAUUUGCCGCCAGAUGUUGGAAGCUCUCCAGUACCUGCACAGCAAAAGGAUCAUCCACAGGGACCUGAAGGCUGGGAAUGUUCUCCUCACCCAGGAUGGGGACAUCAAGCUGGCUGACUUUGGAGUGUCUGCCAGGAACAUGAAAACCUUGCAGAAACGAGAUUCCUUCAUCGGGACCCCUUACUGGAUGGCCCCGGAGGUGGUGAUGUGUGAGACCAUGAAGGACACUCCCUACGACUACAAGGCUGACAUCUGGUCCCUGGGCAUCACCCUGAUCGAGAUGGCCCAGAUUGAGCCACCCCACCACGAGCUCAACCCCAUGAGGGUCCUGCUGAAAAUCGCCAAGUCCGACCCACCCACGCUCAGCUGUCCUUCCAAAUGGUCCCAGGAAUUCAGAGAUUUCCUGAAGAAGGCGCUGGACAAGAACCCAGAGACCCGGCCCAGUGCUGCCCAGCUGCUGGAGCAUCCUUUUGUCAGCAAGGUCACCAGCAACAGGGCCCUGCGGGAGCUGGUGGCAGAGGCCAAGGCUGAGGUGAUGGAGGAGAUCGAGGAGAGUCGGGAUGAAGCAGAGGAGGAUGAUUCCUCAGAGUCUGCCUCGCCCCCUGGGAAGCACAAGAGGGACCCCUCUGAGGCGAGCCAGCUGAGUUUUGAUGGGGAGAAACCUCCAGACUCCUCCUUGCCCAAAGCUGUGAACGGCUCCGUGGGGACUGGCAAGGACAGCACAGAGAGCCAGAGCCACAAAGCUCCAGCUAAAGGGAUCAGCAGUGACAGUGACAAACUGGAGAGCAGCCACUCCACAAAACCCAGCUCGGCCACCCAGGACAAGCCAGACAUCAUCCUGCAGCCAGAACAUUUGGGUAACUCAACCGAGGGGAACAAGGAGCUGGGCAGGGAGGAGAGGAAGAGCAUCGUGGAGAGGAAGAGCACUGGGGAGAGGAAGAGCAUCGUGGAGCGACCAGAGAGCGUUCUCCUGGAGAAUUUCAGCGAGGAGAAGCUGGCCAAUGGAAGCCUGGAGCCCCUGGGGCCGUUCCCUGGCAGCCACUCCAAAAGGGACUCGGAUUCUGGCAGCACUUCAGCCUCUGAGAGCAUGGACCUCAGCAUCUCCCUGUCUGCUGACCUGGCCCUCAACAGGGAGAGCGGCUCCAUCUCCCUCAAGGACUCCCAGAUGCACAAGAAGACCCUGAAGCGGACCCGAAAAUUCGUGGUGGACGGGGUGGAGGUGAGCGUCACCACCUCCAAAAUCAUCAGUGAGGACGAGAAGAAGGAUGAAGAAAUGAGGUUUCUCAGGCGCCAGGAGCUGCGGGAGCUGCGUUUGCUGCAGAAGGAGGAGCACAGGAACCAGGCCCAGCUGAACAGCAAGCACCAGCUGCAGCUGGAGCAGAUGCUGCGGCGCUUCGAGCAGGAGAUGAUGGCCAAGAAGAAGUUCUACGACACGGAGCUGGAGAACCUGGAGCGGCAGCAGAAGCAGCAGAUCGAGAGGAUGGAGCAGGAGCAUUCCCUGCGCCGGAGGGAGGAGGCGAAGAGAAUCCGCCUGGAGCAGGAGCGCGACCACGCCCGCUUCCUCGAGCAGCUCAAGCAGAUGAAGAAGGAGGUCAAGAACGAGGUGGAGAAGCUGCCACGGCAGCAGCGCAAAGGGAACCUGAAGACAAAGAUGGACGACUUCACCCAGAAAAAACAAACCAUGGAGCAGGAAUUUUUGGCCAAGCAGAAGGAGGACCUGGAGCUGGCCAUGAAGAACAUCACUGCCCAGAACAAAAGAGAGAUCUGUGACAAGGAACGGGAGUGCCUCAACAAGAAGCAGCAGCUGAUGAGAGACAGGGAAGCUUGCAUCUGGGAUCUGGAAGAGCGUCAGCAGCAGGAGAAGCACCAGCUCAUCAAGCAGCAGCUGAAGGAUCAAUAUUUCCUCCAGAGGCACGAGCUGCUCCGAAAACAUGAGAAGGAAAGGGAGCAGAUGCAGCGCUACAACCAGCGCAUGCUGGAGCAGCUGAAGGUGAGGCAGCAGCAGGAGAGAGCCCGGCUGCCCAAAAUCCAGCGCAGCGAGGGCAAGACACGCAUGGCCAUGUACAAGAAGAGCCUCCACAUCCACUCCAGUGGCAGUGCCUCCGAGCAGAGGGAGAAAAUCAAACAGUUUGCUCUGCAGGAGGACAAGAGGCAGAAGGCAGAGCGGCUGCACCAGCAGCAGAAACACGAGUCGCAGAUGAAGGACAUGCAGGCCCAGUGUGAGAGCAACACCCACGAGCUCCAGCACCUCCAGAAUGAGAAGUGUCACCUCCUGAUCGAGCACGAGACCCAGAAGCUGAAGUCCCUGGAUGAGAACCACAACCAGCACAUGAAGGAGUGGCGAGACAAGCUGAGACCACGGAAGAAGGCCCUGGAGGAUGAGCUGAACCAGAAGAAACGUGAGCAGGAGAUGUUCUUCAAGCUGAGCGAGGAGGCCGAUGGACAGGUGCCAGUGUCCCCAACCAAACACGCCAAGUUCGUCCCCUUCAGCUCCUCAGAGAGUUUGUAACACCUGGCAGGCCACCAGCUGGUACUGGCCACGUCCUCCUGGGCUGCAGGGGGGCAACGUGGACUGGCAAGACCCUCUCAGCAGCCCCUUGUCACCACAGCACCCUCCUGUCCCCGUGCUCUGUGGGAUCACUGCACUGAGGGGUGCUGGCUGGAACUUGGGGUGGCUUUCCCAGGAGCUCCAGGCUGGGAAUUGGGGCAGGAUCCUCUCUGGAUUGUCCUGGCACUGUUGGCUGGGUGAUUCCUGGGCGAGCCUGGUGCUCUCUGGGUUUGUCAGCUCAGGCUGGGGCAGUGACCACGCUGCUCAGGAGAAGCAGCCCCCCAGGUGACAGGGCUGUCACCUCCCUGUCCACCCUGGCUGCUCCUGUCCCACAGCUUUGGCGUUGUCUUAAACUCACCUUGGCCUUAGAAUUAUUCCUCUCCACUGUGGCCCAUUUGUUGCCAUAGAGAGGCAGAAAUUUGGGGUUUUUUUGCCUAGGGAGGGGGGCUGGGUUUU